AUGGCAGAAGAGUACCAGAUCAGAGAGAGUUCUAUGUCCGAGCGAGAGAACUACGAAUAUCUCCCGCCAGUGCAAGAAGCUGGCAGUGCUAGCGGAGAGGCAGUGGUUUCAAGCUCCCCGCAAGAGUCCACAGAUGCCCAAAGUCAGGACGCCAAACGUGAAACUGAUUCGAAUCGAAUAUCCACAGCGAGGCCAGGGUCUCGCACGCCUGAAGAAGAGGAACCUCGCAAGAAGGCCAAGGUUGAAGAUGCUGAAAGUGGACAUCGACCAGCCGAGGUCCAAGGCGCCAAUGGCUCCAGCGCCGCACCAGUGAGUGCACGUGUGCCGUCAAAUACUCCAAACCGCAUACUACCAGCUCGGGCUGCACCACCCAAGGCCCCUUGGGCUGUGAAUAUGGAGUCUCAGAACAAGGUAGUUGAUUUCUCAAACGGGUCUUACCGAGGCUAUCGUAUCGGGAGUGGUGCCGAGAUGCCUGAUCAGUACCGCAUUGAUUGCGUGCGUGCUUUCAUAGAGCCGAUUGCAUGGGCUUUUGGUGUGACACUCUCACCACACCGCCGUCCUCCCGUCCUCACAAUUGAGCACAUUAGAUUUCCUGUUCGCAUGAGCUCUGUCGCUUGGCAAGCACCUCAGGAUAGGGCUAAGGCCAGGCAUGGCUAUAUGGAAGGUCCGGUAUUGGGGAUACAAUGCAGGGCAGACGUUGGCUUUGGACUGACAGGAAACCUGAAGAAGCAAUCUAAUCUUGAUGCUGUGCGCGAGUUAGGUGGGUUGCUUUUGCUGGCACAAGAGAGAGCUAGAGAGGGGAAAGCUGAACGAAGAGGUGGCGAGGAUAGAUGGUGGACAACAAAGGAGCGGUGGGGUGGAGGACCCGGGGGCGAGGUUGGCGAAACAACUGGGGCGAUCGAAAUACUGUCCAAAGAUGCAGCGUCCAAACCUGAAGCAAAACCCACCGACAGGAAUCGUGACGGAUCCAAGGCUCGCCGCAGGCCGUCACCAGCAGAGAUUUGGAAAACGUUGCGACCUGGAAACCCACUGUGGGAUCCAAAAGUGACCUAUAAGGCCAUCGGCAAAGACAAGAGUGUUGAGUGGGACGAUGUCUUCAUGGUAUCGUCAUUGAACCACCACAUCAGCCUGUUAAAGCUACGCAUACAUCCGGCUUAUCUUGAGUACAUCACCGAAGGUAGACUGCCCAAAGAAGCGCCAACAGACUCCGACUGGUUUUCCCCAAAACUGCAAAGAACAAGAUGGUUCGAUCUGUUCAACGUUGAUGACCGUACUGAGGCGAUGAGAGGCAUCUGGGGGGUGAUGACCUAUCUCAUGCGCUCAGAUAAGACUGAUCACGCUGAUUCCGCUGGUAUUGCUACCAAACAGUGA